CGCCCCCUGCCGGCCGGCGUGCGCGGCAAGUGGUCCCUAUGGCAUGUAUGGUGUCUGAAGUCAAUUUUCUUGUAGAUUUGCUCCAAAAUACUAUGGCAUCCAAGACGAAACUCGUCUAUUUUAAAGGUCGCGGUAAAGGUGAACUUAUCAGGCUAACUCUAGCCGCUGCCGGAGUCGAGUUUGAUGAUGUCUUUCUUACAGAACCAGAACAGCUUGAAAAGCUUCGAGAAGACGGAGAUCUUCUCUUCAUGCAAGUUCCCCUGUUAGAGAUCGACGGAUUGAAACUUGUCCAGUCAGGCGCCAUCAUCCGUUAUUUGGCACACAAGCACAACAUGAUGGGCAAAACUCCUGAAGAACAGGCAAUGGUCGAUAUGCUGUUCGAAGGAUCCAGGGAUUUCAUCAAUCUUGGGUUUGGAUCGGUUGUCUUCAAGGCCACCGAGGAAGAGAAGCAGCAGACGCUGGACCUCAUCAAGAGCAAGGCCAAGGGUCGCUAUCUUCCCAUCUUUGAAAAGGUUUACAAGAAGAGCACGUCCGGUUUCCUGGUUGGCGACUCCCUUACCCUCGCCGACAUCGCGUGGCUCGAGGUCCUCCUCUGGCUGCAUGAGAUCGAACCCCAGUUUGCCAUCAGUUUUCCCGGCGUGGCUGCCUUCACAAACAAGAUUUCGUCCCUGCCCAAUGUGAGUGCCUUCCUGUAUGGGCCUCAGCGUCAGCCCCAACCUGACGAGAUCUACGUUACCACAGUCCGCAAAGUGCUGAAUUGGUAUUAAAAUCAUAGCACCGUUGUUAUUCAUACAGAGCCUUGGGCAUAUAGUAGUGCACUAUUGCCCUCAUAGCCAGUCAAUAUAUGUGUGACAUAUCAUAUUGGCCUAUCCAGCACACCAGCUCAAGUAGCAGCAACACGAAAUAGUGAAUAUAUUCCAUGUUUUUUUUGACAGGUGUCAAAUUAUAUUUGUAUAGUCCUCAGUUAUAACAGUACUUAGUAAACUUUUAUAUAAAACGUAGUUUGAGCUUAAAUGAACCAGACAGCCAUGGCAUCAUAUGCGCUUCAGAUAGUUCUAAGAUGAAAGAAAUUGCAGGGCCCUAAAAUUACUUUCUGAAAUUCAAAAUUAGAUUUGUUUUCUUUUUGGCCCACCUGUUUUAUUCAAAUGAGGCUCUUGUAUUCAAAAAUUAAUAUACUUUAGCUUGUGUAUUAUACAUGUAUAUUAGAGCAAGCUUUUGCUUAUUAUGGCAUUAACUAUCACACUCUACAGAGUGUAUCCACAAAAUCAGGUGGUCAAUACAUAAAUAUUAAAAAUACUAGCACUCUCCUUUUGUAAAACUUAUCUAUAGAGUCUGAAGGUGUAGUAAAUUACUCUACACAAUGGUCUUUAUCCCAUCUCAUUUGGACACUCCAGUCUAGAGAUGCAGCUAAUUAAAUGAAAGGACUUGAAUUCCAAGUUGGGCCGCUUGGUAUCUAAUGACAGGCAUUCACAUAGCAAGAAGGUAAAGAAAGUGGCCCAAACAGAUUUGGACAGUCUUUACAAGCGUUGACUUAACUUUUAAACAAAAGGUCCAAAUCACACAGAACAAAAAUCCUGUCAAGGGUAAAGAAACACUUUAUCAUCUCAUCGUAAUGUGUUUUACAAAAAAAAAACACUUUAGUUUCCUCAGAAAAAAAGUUGUUUGACUGCUACAUUUUUUUUGGGAGACACCCUGUAGUUGGCAAAAGGGUUAAAAAAAAAAGAGUCCUGGGUCAGUUUUUGGUCGGAGCACAUAAGCCUGAUCAACUUGAAGGAGUUCCAGCUCAGUUACUUAAAAAAAUUUUAAUAAAACAAUCAAAAGACAAACUAGAUUUCAAAAUAUCUUACAAUAUAGACGCUUCUGAUUCAGUUUAUUUUGAGACAACUAAACGUUUUACAAAAUGUAUCAUAUACAAAAAUUGUGUCAAAUUGUUUAUUCAGAUUAUUGUCUGCAUGAUCAUAAAGUGUCUAUUUCAUAGUAGCCUAUAGUUGCCAUUGAAUCCAAAGUUAAGUAAUAAUCAAAUAUCUCAUACAAAUUUCUCAUACCAAGGAAUUGUAGAGGAAAACUUUGCUGUCAUAUUUUAGCUGACCCUUUUGCAACUGAAAUCUUGAAAUUAAAUUUAUUAUUGUAA